UGACUGCAGUAACUAGGCUAAACUGAGUUUAUCUAGUAUUUCCUUCAGUAGUACAUAUUCGAUAUCAUGAGGUUCAAGGUUUCGUAGUACCUUGUGAUGUUUCUUUUCUUUUGAUUAAUAUUACUAAUCCAUGUAAUUUAAACAGAUAAAAUGUCUUCUUAACAUCGUAAAUUUUAUGUGAACGCAUCGCACAAGUUGUACAUAUAUAAGUAUUAGUGUAAUAUUGUCGAAGCAAAAGGUGUAUAAUAAUAUAUGAAGUGAUUGAUUUUAUUAAUCUACGAAAAACUAGAAACAGGGUACAAAGAAUAUCAUAUAAACGAAACAAUGAGCACAAAAUUUAUAUUUAUCGAAUCGAGGGACAUUUUAAGUACGAUACCUCAGUAUCAUACACUGAUAGGAGCAUUCCUGAUAUUUUGGUUUAUUUGGUUUAUUGCUAAGAGACGGUACAACAGACAUGAAAGAAUGCCAACAGAAGAGGAAGUUCAGAAGAAACUCGCAGAGUGGAAUCCUGAACCGCUUAUAACCAAUCCACAAACAUCUCAUCCGUCUUUAAAUCCAAGAUGCGUAACAUCAAGAGUUGGCAAAAGAAUAGUAGUCAAUGGCAAAGAUUGUUUAAAUCUAGGAACACAUAAUUAUUUGGGUUUUAUAGAAAACAAGGAUAUAGAAAAAGCAGCUACGGCAGCAGUAAGAAAAUAUGGAGUUGGUUCCUGCGGUCCACGUGGAUUUUAUGGCACUGUAGAUGUGCACCUUGAAUUAGAAGAACGUUUAGCAAAUUACACGGACACAGAAGAAGCUGUAGUAUAUUCAUAUGGAUUUAGUACAAUAGCGUCUGCAAUAGCAGCAUAUUGUAAGCGUAGAGAUCUUAUAUUUGCAGACGAGAACAUAAAUUUUGCCAUACAAAAAGGACUAGAUGCAUCUAGAGUCGAUGUUAAAUAUUUUAAACACAAUGAUGCCAAUGAUCUUCAUGAUUUAUUAAAAAAACAAGCAAAACUUGAUGAGCAAAAUCCUAUAAAAGCAAGCAAGGUGAAACGCUUUUUAAUAAUAGAAGGUAUUUAUGCAAACACAGGAAAAAUUUGCCCAUUACCAGAUUUAUUGGCACUUUGUAAGAAAUACAAAUUACGAAUAUUUAUUGAUGAGUCGGUAUCAUUUGGUACCCUUGGUGCACAUGGGAAAGGUGUAACAGAAUAUUUUAAUAUUCCCAUAAGUGAAAUUGAUAUGAUUAUGGGAUCUUUAGAGUUGGCAAUAGGAUCCAUUGGUGGAUUUUGUGUUGGUACAUCAUUUGUUAUUGAACAUCAACGCUUAUCUGGACUUGGAUAUUGUUUUUCAGCAUCUCUACCACCACUUUUAACAUCUGCUGCUAUUACUUCUCUCGACAUUAUGAAAAAUAAUCCACAAAUGUUUGAGUUGCUAAAAGAAAAUUGUAUAACCAUGAAUAAUGGACUUCAGGAAAUUCAAUGGUUAGAGUGUACAAGCUUUCCAGGCUCGCCAGUAAAACACAUCUAUUUGAAACAACAAUUAAGUCAUAUUACAGAAGAGGCGUUACUCUCUGCGAUCUCUAAGAGAUGUAUUGAAAAUAAUUUAGCUAUCAUAAUGCCUGUGUACUUGCAAAUAGAAAAAAAAUUACCCAGACCUAGUCUGAAAAUUUGUAUUUCUACACUUCUAAAUAAAAAUGAUAUCGAUUUUGCACUCAAUGUAUUAAAAAAAUGUACUGAGGAAGUUUUGUCUUCCACAAGUUGCACAAAUGCAUAAAAUCUCUCACCGAUUGUACAAGCAAUGAA